CAUACCAGCUUAGGCUUAAGUAAAAUAAUUAUCUCUGUGUGGCAAUUUUCUCAUUAUUUUCUAGAUGAUCCCCAAGCGCCAGUCCCGUUACAAGAUUCCUGACAGUCUUCAGUCUUUUGGUGAAUUUGAAGGCAACACCGAAGUUCGAGAAAGCUUUCGCUUCUUUACAUUUGCACCUCGAUCAGAAAAGACUUACACGAAGGAGCAGAGGAAUCAAUCUAAUUUCCAUGUUCAUGAGCCUGUUUCUAAAAUACAAAACGUUGACACUAAAGCAAGUCUGAACGCCAACACACCAGAUGAACUUGCGCCUCCUGUCCAAGCUCAGGGUACGGGAAACGAUGCUUCGCAGAAUUCGAGACGCACUACAAAGCCGUUAAAUUUUGCAAGGAAAAUUGAAGGCAUACCAGGAAGAAAUUCUGAAGCUAACAGGAACACACAUCAACGUCAUGAAGAUAGCUCGAAGCAGGACGGGGACCUUCAAGGCCUUCCUCAACCCCACGACCAUUUCGACAUGAACCAAGUUAGGAGGAGCAUAGCUCCGCCGCACAAAGGGGAACUUGUCACCGAUGGUUCCUUCGGCGGCGAAACUGAAUUCCACGAUCGAUAUAAGCGAUUGAGUGCAAAACGUGAAAUUGCUGGGAAACACUCAGACCACAUUGAGUUUACAGGAGACUUCAGUAGCGUAUCCGAAAUAAAGGAGAAGUAUCAAACCUAUCCAAAUAAGAGAAACAUUGCAAAGCGACAUUCCAGCACUCUAAAAAUGGAGGGAGAUUUCCAUAGCAAAUCAGAAUUGCAUGACAAUUUCAGCAGACACGAGGGAGUCAGAAACAUUGCUGCUCGUCACGGAACAACACUCAAGCUUGAGGGGAAUUUUAACUCUUCCACUGAGCUAAAGGAUCGUUUCAAACCUCAGGAUCUGCAAAGGAACAUCGCUCCUCGACAAGUGGCGUCUCUGAGACCAGAGGGAAAAUUUGGUGAGACGUCAGAGCUGCGAGAAAAAUUUCCAAGACAUGAGCCGUUGAGGAGCAUUGCUGCAAGACACCCGACUGAAAUGAAAAUGGAAGGAGACUUCAAUGCCUCAUCUGAACUAAAAGAAAAAUUUCCGGCUCAUGAAGCAACAAGAUGUAUUGCUAGAAGGCAUGAAGCCAAUUUACGUCCUGAAGGAGAUUUUAGCAACGAAGUUUCUGAAGUACAUGGCCAAUAUCAAUUGCUUCCUCUGCAACGGAAUAUUGUAGGUCGUCAUCCUACUCACUUGAAAUUAGAUGGAAAUUUCGGUGAAACAUCCGAGCUCAAGGACAAGUUCAAACCUCACGAACUCAGAAGGUUUAUCGCUAAGCGUCACAGCGCAAAAAUGAAGCUGGAGGGAGACUUUGGUGAGAACUCUGAACUGCACGACAAAUUCAAGCCUCAUGCCCUUGAACGCAACAUAGCCAAAAGACACGACGCUGAAAUGAAGCUAGAAGGAGAUUUCCAAGAAACUUCGGAACUGCGCGACAAAUUCAAGCCACAUGAGCUGCAUCGCAACAUUGCCAAAAGACACGACACUGAAAUGAAGCUUGAAGGUGAUUUCCAAGAAACAUCGGAACUGCGCGACAAAUUCAAACCUCAUGAACUGCAUCGUAACAUUGCCAAAAGACACGACGCUGAAAUGAAGCUUGAAGGUGAUUUCAAGGAAAUUUCGGAGCUGCGCGACAAAUUCAAGCCACAUGAAUUGCAACGUGUCAUAGCUAAAAGACACGACGCUGAAAUGAAGCUAGAAGGUGAUUUCCAAGAAACGUCGGAACUGCGCGACAAAUUCAAGCCUAUUGCAGUAAAACGUGUGAUCGCAAAGCGGCACAGUGCCAUGAUGAAGAUGCAUGGGGAAUUCGGAGAGACUUCUGAGCUACAUGACAAAUAUAAACCUCAUGAGACACAGCGCAAUAUCGCCAAGAGGCCUUCGAACGCGAUAAAACUUGAGGGCAAUUUCGAUGAAACGUCUGAGCUUCGAGACAAAUUUAAGAAGCACGAACUUAGAAGGGACAUUGCACAGAGACACAUUGCGAACCUCAAGCAAGAAGGUGUUUUCGGAGAAACUUCGGAAAUCCACGAUCAAUUCAGGGCCCAUGAAGUAAAAAGGUUCAUCGCUGAACGGCACAAAGAUAUGAUCAAUGUAGAAGGUGAGUUUGGUGAAGCUUCUGAAAAUCACGAUAAAUUUAAAGCUCAUGAAAGCAGCAAAAGCAUCGCGAAAAGGCAUGGCGCGAAUCUCCGAGUCGAAGGCGACUUCGAACAAACUUCUGAGUUGAAAGCUAACUUCCACGGUCACGAGCCCAAGCGCAAUAUUGCUAAGAAACACAGCGCCGUUUUGAAAAUGGAAGGAGUCUUUGGUGUUGCUUCGGAGAUGCACGAUAGAUUCAAGAGGUUCAGUGGCGUAAAACGUAACAUCGUUAAGCGGCACAGCGGCAACCUCAAGUCGCGGGGGCAUUUUGAAAGACUCACUGAAAAUAGCGACCAUUUCAAGGGACACAGAGCUGUCCGGCACCUAGCUCUCCGACAUCUGCCGGUACUCAAGCUCGAAGGAGACUUCGGGGAAAUAUCCGAGCUAAGUGACAAGUUCACGAAGCUUGAACUCAAACGAAACAUCGCUAAGCGACCUAACUGCCUCCUAAAGGUAGAGGGAAAGUUUGGAGAGUUAUCGGAGGUGAGAGAUAAAUAUCGAAGACCUGUUGACUUCAAACGCAACAUCACGGUCAAGAAUAACGAAGAUCACCUUUGGCUCGAAGGAUCACGCGUACCGGUCAAAGGCAACACCGAAUCUUUGGAUAAUUACAAGUCUUUCUCUGGUGUGAGUUCGAGUGCCUUGCGAGUGCCUCCUAAAUAUACUUACAACGUCCCCGUCCCUGUUGCAUAACAUCAGGCCUAAAUAGUUCUUUAUAAUGAGUUGAAUACACGUAGGCUAACAUAAAUUAUGAGAUAUAAAGUAUAUGUAACAAAUUAAGCUGCAAACCAAAAUUUUUUGAUAGCUCAUGUAAAUUCUUGGACAGGAGAGGAGGAUGUGCGCUGCGCUGAAUAAUGUAAAUUCAUCAGCUUCCGUAGAUGUGUCAGCGAGAAGAGCUCUUAUAGUCUCGCGUUUGCACUCGAAAUGUGUAUUUUUUCUUUAAUCAUUUAGUGAUUUGCUUUCUUAACUUACGACACGAAAUAAUCAUCGCUAGCUAUGCUUCAUAAAUAAGUGUUGGGGUUUGUUUGUUCAGUCAAACUCACCGCGUCAACACUAACACUGUUGUGCUUCAAUUCUUAAUCCAUGAUUGUUUCUGCGAAACAAACUCUUGAAAUACGAGUGUAGAACUUACCUACGACUAGACAAUGGGCUAACAUAAAGGUUGUUACUAGAAAGGAGCAAUGGUAUAAACCACUAAAAUAAUCAUCUAGGCUUACGUAGGCUUGCUGACGAGACCGAUCUCUAGCCUCGAGUUAGGGAAUCUGGGCAUCUCCGUCCACUGCUGCCUACCAAGAAGUCGACAGUUCAUUGGGUCCUCCAUCGAAUGGCCCUAUAAAAUCCAGCUCUUUUCGCCCAACUUUGGAAAUAAUUUUAUGUUAUCAAAUCAGUGAGUGAUUACACGAUUUAGUUUCAUUAAUGUCUCUAGCACUCGUAAAACUAUGAUUUAAAUUCAGUAAAAUAUGUAUGUAUAUGAAGGAAUAGUUGGAUAGAUUAUCGAUUUUAUUAAUUGUAUUAACUGAAAAUGAGCAAUUUAGUUGUUUUUAAAGCUGCUUAACUAUAGAAAACUGUUAACUAAUUAGUUACAUCUUCAUUUAGAUGUUAUUUCAUUUGCAAAAAUGCACC